AUGAAAAGCGUGAUAUAUGAAAAGACACCGUUGGAUCUCGUAUCCGCGACUGUCUUUGCAGGGCCCAAGACUCGCGAUAUGGAGCGCGCAUGGGAAACGCUUCAGCUUAAUGAAAUUUGGCGUGCCACUGGUGAAGAGUUGGAGAAGAGUGGUGCAAUGGAGGCCGGAAAGUCGCUCCGGCUCAUGCAUGGUGGCUAUAUGGCCAUUAUGCGUAUUUACCAUGAGCUACGUUAUUUGAACUGGAUCAAGCGAGAAUGGGAUCCUAUGCGACGUGUCAUGACAGACCACCUAGACCACUGCCUUGAUGGGCUGAAGCACGGCGCUAUGUGCAAGGCCGAUUUAGCUCUGGGGUCCUUCUACUGGUGGCCCGAAGAGCCUGCUGCCCGUGAGGCGGUGCGUCGGCCGAACUAUGAGCGCACCUGCGUCUCAUGGAACAGUCUUCAGGAUUUCCUCAACAAGCACCGUAUGUCCUUUGACGAUGAUGGCGUUCCGGAGUCUCCGCUGGAUGAAAACGGGCAUCUCAUUAUUGUGGUUCCCACCGACUCGCUGCAAAACCAGAACAAGGUACUUACAGGAGGUGACAUGGGACAUAAGGAGUAG